AUGUCUUCGUUAUUCGUGCUGGUCCUCUGCUUCCUAGCCCAGAGGGUCUCUACAAUUCGAUAUGCACAGUAUAUUCUUACCCCUUCCUCUCGGACACUAUACCCUGCGUCGGUCUACAAUAUCAAUGGCACCGUCCAGAAUGGCAUGAGUUUGGUGAAUGCAAGAGGAUCCGCCACUUUUUCCGGUCCGUCAGCGGCGACUUAUGACUUUGGUAGAAAUAUCGCGGGCAUAGUGUCAUUCAAUUUUAACACCAGUACCAAUGCUCGUGACCAGUACAUUGGGAUCAGCUUCACUGAGAGUUCGCUCUGGAUCAACAGUGAAGGAUGCGAUGCUACGGCCGAUGCAGGAAUCGACCAAGCACUCUGGUUUGCGGUUUCAGGUACCGGUCGCCGUCAAGCUUCGAAAGAGCAUCAGCGAGGAGGUUUCCGGUAUCUGAACGUCUAUCACAAUUCCAGCGGAGAAGUCUCGCUCACCAACCUCUCUGUUUACUUUACCGCAGUUCCUCAGAGAUCAGCUGCUAGCCUGCAAGCCUACACUGGCUAUUUUCACACCAAUGAUGAGCAAUUGAAUCGAGUUUGGUAUGCUGGCGCUUAUACCAACGACCUCUGUACCAUUGAUCCUACGACCGGUAAUUCAUUGGUCCACCUGGGAACCAUCAACUCAAGCAGCACAGUGAGAACUCCUUUAACAUGGUUCUCGAAUUAUACCAUUGCGGCCGGCAAGAGCGUUCUGGUCGACGGUGCGAAACGCGAUCGACUGGUGUGGCCAGGUGAUAUGGCCAUUGCGGUGCCUUCCAUUUUCGUGUCCACCAACGAUCUCUCCACCGUGAGAGACUCCUUGGACUCUCUUCUGCGGCUACAAAAUUCAUCGACAGGAGCACUCCCCUAUGCCGGUACGCCUUUUGCUCAAGAAACCCAGACGUUCAGCUUCACAUAUCAUCUCUACUCGCUCAUCGGUAUUUACGACUAUUAUCUCUACAGCGGUGACAAGGCAUAUCUAUCUCAGAAUUGGGAAAAAUUCAAGUUUGGGCUCAACUAUUCGACCAGCUUCAUCGAUUCCUCCGGAAUGGCCAACGUUACCUCGUCAGCUGACUGGCUUCGAUUUGGAAUGGGUGCCCACAACAUUGAAGCCAACGCCAUUCUCUACUACACUCUCAACAUGGGAACAACGCUUGCUAGUGUCUUGAAUGACACCUCUGUGGCCGCCUGGACAGGACUCGCAGCGGGCAUCAAGCAGGCGGCGAACACUCGACUCUGGGAUUCCGCUGCAAAUCUUUACCGCGACAAUGACACCGUACCAUUGACGACCCUUCACCCACAAGAUGGCAACGCAUGGGCGAUCCUCUCCAAUCUGACCACUUCAUCGGCCCAGAACGUCAAUAUCUCGACCGCCCUUGCCUCCCGCUGGGGCCCUUACGGUGCUCCCGCUCCCGAAGCCGGCGCCACCGUUUCCCCAUUUAUCUCCGGAUUCGAGUUGCAAGCGCAUUACCUCGCCGGCCAACCUCGCAAGGCCGUAAGCUUGAUGAAACGCAUGUGGGGGGACUUCAUGCUGGACGACCCGCGUAUGACGAACUCCACAUUCAUCGAAGGAUAUUCGACCAACGGCGAUCUGCACUACGCGCCGUAUACCAACGAUCCACGCAUCUCGCAUGCGCACGGCUGGGCCACGGGUCCGACCAGCGCAUUGACGUUCUAUGCCGCGGGUCUGCAGCUGACAAGCGCGGCAGGACGGACGUGGAAGAUUGAGCCUCAGUUGGGUGGGUUAAACAGUGCCGAGACAGGCUUUCAAUCCAGUCUGGGUAUGUUCGAGGUGAAUGUCAUUGCUUUGGAGAAUGGUGGUGUCAGCGUGAGUUUUCAGACUCCUGAGAAUACCACCGGGAGUGUUGUUUUUACGUAUGAAGCGGGAGACGGAGGCCAGGUUACAGUCGCCAAGGUCGAAAACGGUGCUCGGCUUGUCAAACGGGCUGUGGUUCUUCCUGGUCGAUCGGGAACUGCGGCGUUCCAUGAUCUCCAAGGCGGAAAGUAUGAAGCAUGCUUGGUCCUUCACGGAAAACCAUAA